AUGGCGUGGGAGCAUCUUUCCAUUACCAAGCCGCACUUGGUGUACAUCAUCCUCGGCGGCUUCACCAGCCUGUUCAUGUUGUGCUCCUCCAUCAUCAAGGAGCGGCUGUACAUUGGCGAAGCUACCGUUGCAACAAUAUGUGGCAUUAUAUUCGGGCCGCAUGCCGCCAACCUGAUAGACCCGGAAACCUGGGGUAAUGUCGACCUGAUUACCCUUGAGUUUUCCCGCAUUGUCCUGGUCGUACAGUGUUUCGCUGUGGGAGUCGAAUUGCCCCGCGCAUACAUGGAAAAGCACUGGCGGUCGGUUACAUUCCUGCUUGUCCCUGUCAUGACCUUCGGCUGGCUGAUCACGAGUCUGUUCAUCUGGUGGUUGUUUAAGGCUGAACUCAACUGGCUCGACAGUCUGUGCAUUGCGGCAUGCGUCACCGCUACCGACCCUGUCUUGGCCUCAUCCGUCGUCGGAAAGGGCAAGUUCGCGAAGCGAGUUCCAAAGCAUCUUCGGGAUUUGCUCUCUGCAGAGUCUGGCUGCAACGACGGCAUGGCCUUCCCCUUCGUGUACCUCGCUAUUUACCUCAUUCGCUACCGCCCCGACGCCAGCAAGGUCUCGUUCCAUUGGUUCUGCUACACCAUCCUUUACGAGUGUAUAUUUGGCGCCUUCUACGGCGUCUGCAUUGGCUAUGCCGCCCGCCGCGCAAUCCGCUAUGCCCACGAGAAAGACUGGAUCGACCGCGAGAGUUUUCUCGUCUUCUACUUUGUCCUCGCACUCUUCUGCGCUGGCUCAGGAAGUAUGCUCGGGAUGGAUGACCUACUGAUAGGGUUUGCCUGCGGCGUAGGUUUUUCCAAUGAUGGGUGGUUUCUCGAAAAGACCGAAGAGGCUCACGUUUCUAACGUUAUCGAUUUGCUAAUCAACUUGGCAUUCUUCGUAUACUUCGGCACCAUCAUCCCGUGGGAUCUCUUCAACGCGCCGCUGAUCGGAAUUUCGCCCUGGAGACUCGUCGUCCUCGGCCUACUUGUCCUCUUCUUCCGCCGCAUUCCCGUCAUGCUUGCUCUUAAACCCCUCAUACCGGACAUUAAGACCUGGCGGGAGGCUUUAUUCGCCGGACACUUUGGCCCUAUUGGAGUCGGUGGCCUGUUCGUGGCUAUUUUGGCGAGAUCUGAACUGGAAACUGAGACUACGACACCGCUGGCUGUGCUACCAGAACCCGGUUUCGAACACUUGAUCAUCAUCGAGAUGAUUUGGCCCAUCACGUGCUUCUUGGUCAUUUGCAGUAUCUUGGUCCACGGAAGCUCUAUUGCUGUCUUCACUCUUGGAAAGCACAUCAACACGCUCACCUUAACGCUCUCAUAUACUCAGGCAAACGAAGAGGGCCCAAGCUGGAUGGAACGCCUUCCCCGGAUCCAGUCACGGUCUAAGUCAUCCAUGUCCCUUGGCCGCAGACCUUCGGAGUCCUCGGUGGAUGAGAAAACAGAAGCGACCGGCCCGGGUUUGCUACCGCCAGUGGGAGUCCCUGGCCACUUUCUACGCCGCCAGAAAGAGGAGGAGAACUCAAGUCGGGCAAGCUCGCUACGCCCUACCGCUCGUCGUAGACGGUGGGACGCCGGUCGAGGUCCUGGUGGGCCUAUCUCCCAGUCUGCCAUCAAGCCUAGCAGGAGCAGUCGCGAGCCUGAUGCUACAUCACCAUUACAGGACUCGGAUACGCUAGCUGUCGCCAGCGAUGAAUCUCCUGAAGGUUCCGCAACGAAGGAGAAGCUCCAGCGCGAGGAAUCUGAAGAGGAAAUCUAUCAAGAAGGCGACAAGACGGUCAUCGAAGAUGAAGAGGGCAACGUCCUUGGAGUCAGAGAGAGUCGCAAGGGUGAGACUGGUGAUGCAAGGCUGGCCGAGGACAAUGCCGAAGCACGCCGUCUUCAAGAAGAGAAGCAUGUCGAGCAUGGCGUUGCACAGACUGAGCAUGGCGGGACAGCCGAGCAGGCGCCGGAAACGGCAAUUAAUGCGGUCAAAGACAGCGUAGAGCAUCCCAACAAAUGGCGCAAGCGAAUGCAAAGCUUCUCAGGCUGGCAUCACCAUGGCGAAGGUGAGCCUGCGGCACCGCCUCCGACGCACAAACCUGCACAGAAGCGUGGUCCAGCGCUUGCCUAUCAGUUCGGUAACACCAUUAUCGUUGAAGAUGAGGACGGAGAAGUACUCAAGAAAUACGACAUUCCCGCUGCUGCAAAAGACCGUCCUACACCAGAUCGCAAGGCGUCCAUGGCGGAAACCGGUGGUCGUGCUAUGCAGAGUCUCCGUAGGAUGGGCACGUACAUGGGAAUUCCCGCUCCUCACGCCGACGCUGGUCCAUCCGGGACUCCGGUUGUGCCAGUAGAUGGAAAGAAGCCAACGAAUGAAGACGACGAUGACCGGAUUCGAUUCACUGUCACCGCUGGGGGGCGCAGGAUGAGCAAGGCUGAAUUCAUUCAACAGAUGUCGAAGCUCGACCCCAAAGCUCGCGCCAGGUUCGUGGAGGACAGCGAUGUUCCCGAUCCCGUUAAGCGCGAGGUAAGGGAGGACGCCAAAGACGCUGCACGCCGACAAGCCGCAUCCGCUGCUCAAGUGCCCGCGGUCGUCGGAGAAGAAGGCCAAGCUGAGAUACACAAAAUCGAGUCACCGGACGCGGAGCACGAGCAAAGGAACCGCGGACCAGAGGGACUCACUCUAGUGGACAGCGACAACGAAGACAUCCCCUUCCAUUCUGUCAGAAAAGACCUCGCCAAAUACUCGAUGGAUAAUACCAGGGGUGAGACAGCUGCUCAGCGGCGUCGCCCCGAGCGGCGCCGCCGGCUUGGUGCCCUCCAGGGCUCUUCCUCCCCCGAGCGCAAGGACGGCCGCUCGGUCUCGCCCACGCAUCCGACCAAGAGCCGCAUGGACGAAGGCGAGACAGCCGCAGAACGUAAAAGGCGUCUCGGCGCUCUGGGAAUGGGCGAGGACGACUCACCCGAGUCGGACUCGGAGGCUGAAGAGGCAGGCGAUCCUCUUGAGACGGGUCGCGGCACGCAGCACCUGACGCAGCAUCGGGGACAACAACAACAGGAGAGAUUGGCGCCGCCUCGCGCCCCAGGUAUCAGAUUCGCGGAGCAGCCCCGUAUCCCGACUAAGGAUGAGCGGGCCGCUGCUGAAGCGGCAGAGAAGGAUGCUGAGAGCGCGGAGAAGGCGUCAGGCUCGAAGAAGGGGCUCGGCCGGUUGAAGUGGAAGUGAAGUGGGUAGAAAUUGGAUCUUGGAUCUUGGAUCUUGGAUUUUGGAUUUUUGGGUUUUCGUUGAUGCUAUGUGACAUGAGAAGUGCAUUUAAUGUCUUAUGUCUCGCUGAAGUUCGCAUAGCUUUACGGCAUUUGCAUAUGGCGCAGGUGAUGGUGGUGGCCGGCGUCGCCCUUUUGGGGCUUUCGAAGCAUCGCAUUUCAGCGUGCAGAAGAGAUAGAGGAGCGGGUUAUGAAAGAUAGCUUACCCUUCUCAGAGCCCUGCCUACCGUUUAGGCUUGGCCAUAGUCAGAGAAAAGUUAGCAUUACGUGAGGACGAAUACCCGGUCUUGAUGCCGUAGCACUUUCGUCGAGGUCGACGGUUUAGUGGUUCGUUCAUCGCUCUCGCGCUAUAGAACGCAGCGGUUCUGAAGCCUAAGCACUAUUU